AAUUUAGUCGCCUUUCUCUCUCUUAUCCGCUAUUCAUCGCUUGGCCGCGCCGCCGCCCGCCGUCGCUGUCCAUCGCCGGAUUCAAUUCUCGCCGCCGUCAGCUCACCUCCAUUUCUUGAUUUCUUUUAUAAGUUUGGUGGACGGAUAUUCCUCAAUGCUCAUAGACCUGGAAACUUUUCUACUUGGGGUAUUUUUCUGGGUGGCUAGUUUUUUUCCUGAAGAGCAUCAGAAUUUAAGGAAAACAGUGACUUUAUAUAGUAGGGUGUGUCCUACUUAUUGGAGCUUUAAGUGCCAUAAUAAUACUUUAUUUUAAGGAGUCUAAUAGCAUCAAAUCUAUCAUCAAUGUCAGAAGGUGAUUUGGCCGUCAUGAAAUCAGAGACGAUGAAGUCCUACAUCUGGCUUCAAACUGCUGACGGUUCCAUUCAGCAAGUGGAACAAGAGGUUGCUAUGUUCUGCCCCAUGAUAUGUCAAGAGGUAGUACACAAGGGCGUUGGAUCUUCUAAGAAUCAUGCAAUAUCGCUUCCACAGCGAGUAAAUCCUGCUAUGUUCAGCUUGAUUCUUGAUUACUGUAGAUUUCAUCAAGUGUCUGGACGUUCAAAUAAGGAACGAAAAACUUAUGAUGAAAGAUUCAUCCGAAUGGACACAAAGAGGCUCUGUGAGUUGACUUCGGCCGCUGACAGUUUGCAGCUGAAGCCUUUGGUUGAUCUUACUAGUCGCGCACUUGCACGAAUAAUUGAAGGAAAAACCCCUGAGGAGAUACGAGAGAUAUUUCAUUUGCCUGAUGACCUUACUGAGGAGGAGAAAUUAGAGCCUCUGAAAAACACAAUGGAUGAUCCACGGAUUCGACUACUGAAUAGAUUGUACGCUAAGAAAAGAAAGGAGCUGAAAGAAAGAGAGAGAUUGAAGAAUGUUGAGGUUGAAGAACAUGUGGACGAACGUUCUGUGGAUGACCUGUUAUCAUUUAUUAACGGCAGAGAUCCCAAGGUGGUAAAGAUGCCAAAGGGAAAAAAGAAGAACAAGAAAAAGAAGGACCAGAAGAUUGUUUCUUCAGAAGAAAAAGAAGGACCAGAAGACUUUGUUGACAAGGAAUCACAUGAUCUUCAUUCCAAAGAACAAGGUGCUAAAGAGACAGAGUCCAGCAACAUACCUAGUACGGAAGAUGACAUUUUUACGCCAAAUGCCGGGUCUGAAGAUGGAGAUAUAGAUGAUGAAAUCGAUCCAGCCAUGAAGGAAAUGCUUGAUAGAGAGGUAGAAGAUUUUGCUCGAAGAUUGAACUCCAAUUGGGUUCGAUCGCUAGGACAAGAAAGAAGACCUGUUCACUUUUCCAUAAAUGGCAACGGAACUACAAGACGGCAUAUAGGUCAAUCUUCAGGACAUAACUGAAGCUGAAAAAGCCGGUCAAUGGCUGAGACAAUUUUAGUUAAAGAAUGUGAGCAAAUAGAGAGAAUGGUUCACCCACUCACUGACGUUGAUGUGUGGACUCAUGUAACAUUUUUGUUUUUACUUCUCAUCCCCACGUUUUUUUUUUCUUUCUCAUUCAAUCCGAGAGGUAGGAUAUAUACAGUUUUGAUUUUCGACUUUUUUUUUUUUUUUUAUAACGUUCUAGUGGUCGAUCUCUUUCAUUGUAAAACCACGUUUGAGUAUUUUAGUUGGUGGCUCUAAUUUAGAAUUUAGUUAUACGUUGGUUUUUUGUUUCCACUGUGUGUUAUAUA